UGGGGCCCUCACCUCACUAGCACACUGCUGAGCUCAGCACAGCUCGCAUGGAGGCCGCCAUGUCAGCCGCGAGCAUAGCGGCCGUUAUUCCGCCGCUUGACGGCGUGCCGAGGCUCUGUCGUCCCCCGUUACAGUCACACUCUGUAGCAGUCGGGUCAAGGUCCAGCUUGUUUCUUAGCGGAUCGCAGCUUCAGUCUCACCUUAUAUCGCAGCAUUCCAUUCCGCGUGCGCACUUACAGCCGACGCACUUAAAUCUGCCACCGCGAUUAGCGUUAAGUGCCAGGCGUUUCUUCCCCGCGCGUGCCGCAGCUGCACCUACCCCAGUCGUCGCCGCGGCUUCGGCGGCUCCACGGGGCGGCAGAGACGGCGAAUACGACAAUAGUGACGAGUGGGACGACUCGCGUGCGUCCACUCGCCGUCCUGCCGAUAACGGCGAUGACUAUAGCGAGGAUUUUUUCGGCGAUGCCGAUGUGGCUUUGCCACCUGGCGCUCGGUUCGGGCAGAGAGAUCAACCGGACGAGAGCUGGAUGACCGAUUCUGAUUGGUCGAGGGGAUCCGCGGGGCCGCGCAGAGGGGGGCAGGGGGCGGGGAGGGGGAGGAUGAGGGGAAGCGCAGGCGGGGGGGAUGGUUGGGGGGAGUUAGAGGAGGCGGAGGGAGCAGCGGAGAGGCGCAGGGUUUUAGAGGAGCAGGGGAUUGCACGGCAACGGCGGGGGUUAGGGUUUAAGGGAGGAAGGGGAGAAGACGGUGGUAGGAUGGGGCGGUCCCAAGGGGGAGAGGGAAGAGAAAUUCCUGGUUUAGGGAGGGAGGAGACUCGCCGCGUCGAGGGUUUGGGGUUUACGAGGGAGAGGGAGGGUAUAGCGGAGGGGAGAAGGGAGGGAAGGAGUUCGCUGGGAGUGCGACGGGACGCAAGAGAGGAGAGGUGGGCGGCGGGUGGGGAGAGGGGCUUCGAUAGGGAUGGAAGGGGUGUUGGUCGGACUGGGGAGUCGAGAGGUGCUGGACGGGGUGAAGAGGACGGGUGGGAGGGGAGUUCGAGGAGCAGAGGCGGCAGCAGUGGCGAGAGGAGUAUCAGCAGGCGGCAAUGGGAGGAGUAUGAGGAGGAGGGCAGGGACCAGCGACGGACAAGUGGGUCUGGGGCAGCAGCCGCCGCAGCAGCAACGGCAGCAGCAGCAACGGCAGCAGCAGGCGCUACUCUGCUUCCCCUAGCCUCAGCUGCCCCUUCUUCCCCUGCCAUACCUUCCGCCCCUUCGCCUCCCCCCUCCCCCUUUCCCUCCCCUUCCCCCACUUCCCCCGCCCCCUCCCCCUCCCCUGCGCGCGCCCCCAAGCUGAAGCUAUCACGGCCGCGGGGGGUGCCGUCACCGGGGAAGCCCGGGGAGGGCGUGAGGCCAGGCGUGCCGGUGUGCUAUGGGUGCGGGGCGGAGCUGCAGACCAGGGUGGAGGAUGCGCCGGGCUACAUCCCUCCUGAUAGAUACGAGAUGAAGCGCCGUCACAAGCAGCUGCGGUCGCUGGCAUGCACGCGCUGCCAGCAGCUGUCCCAUGGGCGCAUGGUGGCGGCAGUGACGGGGCACGGCGGUUACCGCGUUACCGGCCCGGCCGACAUGUUUGUGACAGCGGAGGCGCUGCGGCAGCAGCUGACGUACGUGCGCGGGGAGAAGGCGCUCGUGGUGAAGCUGGUUGACCUCGUUGACUUCAGCGGCAGCUUCCUGUCCCGCAUUCGGGAUAUUGUUGGGCCGAACCCAAUUGUCCUUGUCAUUACCAAGGUGGACCUGGUACCGGAGGGCACGCACAUGGAGCCGCUGGCGGACUGGGUGUUGUCGGCUGUGGCUAAGAAGAAGCUCAAUGUGCUGGCAGUGCACUUUGUGAGCUCCAAGGCGCGCACAGGGCUGUCAUCAGUGGCUGCCACCAUUCAGCGCGAACGCCAGGGCCGCGAUGUCUACGUGCUGGGGGCAGCCAACGUGGGCAAGUCUGCGUUCAUCUGCGCCUUGCUAGACGAGAUGGCCAGCCGAGACAUCAUGGCAGCUGCGGCACGGCGCCGUCGCCCCGUGGCGUCCGCCAUGCCAGGGACCACCCUGGGGCCCAUCUGCAUCAAGGCGUUCACUGGAGGCGGGGAUCUGUACGACACGCCCGGGGUGCAUCUGCACCAUCGCAUGGCGGCCAUGAUGCAUCCGUGGGAUCUGCAUCAUCUCGGCCCAAAGCGACGGCUGAGACCGUUCGUUGUCACAGGGCCUCUAGAAGCCGCUGGAAAGAGCCGCGAGGAAGGGGCGGAGAAAGAGGAGAAGGGGGAGCAGACAGAGGAGGGGGGAAUGGCAGGAGGGGAAGGUGGUGCAGAGAAGCGAGAUGGAGUGCAGGAGGGGCUUCAGGGGACCUCUCUCUUUUGGGGCGGCCUUGUUCGGAUCGAUGUGGUGAAGGCACCACCUGGCACAGCUCUCACCUUCUUUGGCCCCGUGGCCAUCAGAGUGUCCUCUGUGCCCACCACUCACGCUCACGCCUUCUACGAGGCUGAGGUUGGUCGGCUGCUCGUGCCGCCAUCCCAGCCCUUGGAGGAGCCUGCCUGGGAGGGCUUGCCAUCGCAGCGGUCCUUCUCCUUUCAACUGCCUGCCAAGCGCCUCAGCCCUGUAGCCGACAUCGCAAUCUCCGGCCUUGGGUGGGUCUCCUUGUCAGGCGUCAAGCCACGCCAGCGCACCAACCCCGAUGCUGACGUGUCAUCCAUUGACGCUACAAACAGUUCGCAUACUGGCACUAGGGAUGAUGCCUGCGCUGCUCUCACCGAUCAUGUCACUAGCUUCGAAGAUUCGAGCUCAGACACGGCUGGUUUUGCAAGAAGCGGUCCAUUUGAGAAGCAGGCGAACGAUGUGGAGUUGCUGGUGCAUGUGCCCAAGGGCAUUGAGGUGUUCGUGAGGGCUCCCAUGCCUGUUGGAUGGUUCGCCGACGACUGGUAUCAGUACGAGGAGCUGAGCGAAAAGGAGGAGAUGGCGAGGCCUCGCGUGUUUGUUGAUGAUUCUUAAGCUCUUUACGUAUUCCUUGAUUUUACAUGUAACCUUAAGGCUUUGUUAGUCAAUAAUCGCUUCUUGGGGGA